AUGUCUGCAUAUUCGGAUCCUGUGACGCAUCUUUGGCAGUGCUUCCGCCUCGGCACGCCGCUCUGCCAGCUGUACAACCAGCUCGCGCCAGAAGUGAAUGAGAUUCCCCUCACCGUCGAAGCCAACUUGAGUAACGCGAACGCGUGCAAAGCGCUCGUGAUGCGCUUCUUGAUCGCACUCAAGGAAAAGCUCGGCUGGGACCCAGACGAUACCUUUACUGUUUCGCAGCUUUAUCUCAACGACACCAAUGGCUUUGUGCGUGUGGUGCGCACCGUGAACAAGUUGCUCGAUCUACUCGCAGAUCGGAAUCUCUUGCUCGACAUUGCGCCGCACGGCGCAGGGGGCGAGACAGACUAUCUCGACUCACCAUCGGACCAGCGCAUGCACGUCGUACGCGAACUGCUCGAGUCGGAGCGCAAAUACGUGCAUGACCUCGAGAUCAUGCAAAACUACGCCAUGAUGCUGAGCCAGACUGAUACGCUCUCCUCUGACACCAUUUACCUCAUUUUCGGCAACUUGCACCAGCUCGUCGACGUCCAGCGUCGCUUCUUGAUCUGCGUGGAAGACAAUGCACGGCGGCCUGCACAGGACCAGCGCUUCGGUGGUAUCUUCCGCGACAUGGAGGACGACUUCUCGGUAUACGAACCAUUUUGUGCCAACUAUGCCCAGGCACUCGACGUAAUUAAUGGCGAGGCACCCAACCUGUCGCGCGCCAAGCUGCUGCCUGCUGCGCAGUCCUGCUACUUGGACCCUUCCUAUGAGCUGCCUACGUUUUUGAUCAAGCCUGUCCAGCGUAUCUGUAAAUACCCCUUGCUCCUUGAUCAACUGCUCAAGAGCACCCCAACAUCGGCGCCGUGGUACGAUGAGCUGGCAGACGCCUUGCCUAUUAUCCGGCGCAUCACGGACAAGGUGAACGAGACGUCGCGCCUGCAGGAAAAUAUCCAGGCGGUCAAGGACCUGGAGCUGCGUGUGGAAGACUGGAAAGGACACACGCUAAAGUCGUUUGGCAACCUUUUACAUACCGACAUCUUUCUGGUGUCCAAGGGCGACUCGGAGCGCGAAUUUCACGUAUACCUCUUCGAGCGCAUCCUGCUCUGCUGCAAGGACCUGGGCAGUCCGCAGAUCGUCAAUCCCUUGUCCUCGAGCUCGUCGCGCGGGCGUUCCAAGAACAACUCGAUUUUGAAACAGCAGCGCCAGGGCAGUGUGUCCGGCACGAGCCAAAAACGUGAUCCUCGCUCCCCGCUCCAGCUCAAGGGCCGGAUCUUUAUGAAUAAUAUUGUGGGCAUCAACGCAGUGGGCCGCUCGGGCGGUUUCCCAGACAACCCGAUCGGCACGUACUCGCUCCAGGUGUGGUGGCGAGGCGAGUCCGAAGUCGAGUCCUUCUCGCUCAAGUGCAAGAACGACGAACAGCUCCGUCUCUGGCAAAAUGCGCUGCAAAAGCUGCUCGACGACCUUACCAUGCGCCGACAGCAAAACGCGUCGCAGGCCACGACACCCACACCGGGUUCGGGACCGCCGUCAGGCUCGGGGCCACCGCAGCUCUUACAUUUGAACCUGGCCGGAACGCAGUACUCGGGCCGUGCUAAUCGUGGCGCGUUUAUGCAGGUCGCGACGCCGAUCGUCUCGACUCCGUCGCACGAACUGGGCAUGCCGCGCCGCCUGACGCAGCGCAACCAGAGCCAGGGAAGCCAGCGGAGUGACGAAGACGGUGCCGACACGCCCGCCAGCGUCACACCGACGUUUGCGCCGCCGACGCGAUCCUACACGGAAUCAGACGCGAUCGCUAUGCACGAGGGUCGACUCCCGUACGUAAUGGACGAGCGCCCGAUGCCGACCGCCGAAGAGUGGACUGCGUACACGACACGCAUGCCCCCCCGCGGUGAUCCGACGUUGCAAAACAGUUUGCACUCCUCACCCAUCUCCCCGGUUACUCAGUCCAAGCCUAAUACACCUACGACAUUGCCGCUACUUGCUACGACGCGUGGAAUGAUGUCUUCGUCCAAUGUCGCGUCUGCCCCCAUCUCGCCCCGCCAGGCCGCACCGGUGCUCGGACGGAGCUCGAGUGCGGCACCCGUGCAGCGGAUGAAGCAGACGAUACCCAACCACCUCGUAAUGCCAACCGAUGGGCUGGAGCAGGACAUUCUUGGCAUGAAUAUCAGUUCAGUCCCAGUGCAACGUACAGGCUUUGCUGCGGCGCGUGCCGCGAGCAACGCCGGCCUCAAUGCACUGAGCGGGGCAGGCAUGCAGCGCACUGCUUCCGACGGCGUUGCGAUCCGUGCAGCAGGCCCGGCCUCGACGUCGAUGCUCGAGGAGGCCAUUUCGCCGACGACGGCGUCGCCGCUGAAUGGUUGGAACCCCUACUUCCCCACCGUACCUUCGGCCGGCCAGGGCCAGGGCCAGCCAGAGACGCGCAACUCGUCUGGUGGGUUGAUCGAAUCGACCUAUUCGAGUGGACGCACACACACGGGCUACUCAAGUCUGCAUACAUCGCCUACGGCGCGCAAGACAAGCGAGUCCAGCGGCAGCAUCCUCGGUGCAGGAAGCGGCAACAGCAUCGUGCACCACUCUAGCUGGGGUAUGGACUCGUUUGCGACGCCGUCGACGCCCAACUCACCGUACCCCUCCUGGUCGACUCUGCAAGUGCGUCUGGCCUGCGGUGGGGACCGCUGCCAGUUUGCGAUGCCCGACUCCAUGUCUUUCCUCGCGCUCUACGAGCAAGUCCAGGAACGCCUCGCGGCACCGCGCCCCAGCGCCGGUGACGCGAGCAACUUGGCGAAUGAAAAACCCCGCUUGUACUACCUGGAUGAUGAUGGCGACCAGGUACUUAUGCUGGACGACGACGACCUAGCCAUGGCGCUGGACCACAGCCGCAUGCUGCGUCGGAACCAGCUUGACGUAAUUGUAAAAUAG